UUCCUACUAUUCUUCUUUCUAACAAGAGAGAGAGAGAGAGAGAGAAUCUUGGUCAAAAGUCAUGGGAUCAGAAUCCUCAGCACAAUACAUCCACAUGGUACAACAUCUAAUAGAAGAGUGCAUAGUUUUCAACAUGAGCAAAGAGGAAUGCAUGGAGGCACUCUCUAAACAUGCAAACAUCACCCCAGUUAUUACCUCUACAGUGUGGAAGGAGCUGGAGAAGGAGAACAAGGAGUUUUUCGAGAGCUACACGAAGAAAAGAGAGGAAAAAUCAUCGUCGGAUCAAGAAACAGAGACAAGUCAAAGAAUCCAAAACAUACUUUUGGAUUCUUCUAAGAAAAUUAAUGAUCAAUAAUCAUAAGAGAAUCAUAUGUGUUUAUUUAUUUAUAUAUAUAAGUAUUUAUUAUUACUUUUCCGCUAGUAUUCGAUUCGGACAACCAUGAUGUUACCCGUCGUGGGGUGGGGUGGGGUGUGCUUUGCUUUAUUUAAUUGGUUCGCAUGUAAUUAUACAUUUAUAUAUGUGUGCGCGCGCGUACGAUUCAAAAAUAAUCUAAGGUCUCAUUUAUAUAAAUUAGAGAAGAAGCUAAGUAAGACUUUAUUGAGAAAACGAACCCUAUCAUUUGUAAGCUUGUGGCGUCUACGCAAUGUUGAUUGAUCGGAACUAUCGACACAUGGCGGACAUUUCGGAGUUUCGGCGGUGGUUGCCUACCCCACGAUGAUUGGCCGUGGGGAUUGGAUCGUUAAUUAUUUAUUUUAUUUAUUUAAUUAUUGGAAAAUCGAGUUUUGAUUGGAGUGGGAAGUGUGGAAGGUUCGUUAAUUGAUUGAAAUGAAACAAAGCCAAGUGUGGAGGGACCAAUAGGGUUAAAAUUGUCUUGUCUUGCUACUUGCCAAUAUUGUGUCGUACUAAUUUAUAUUUUUUCGUACUC